UGUUCGGAAAGGUACGGGGCUCCAGGCGCACGUGAGACCCAGCUGCGCAUCGCCUCCGUCUUAGUGUAUGCUUCCGUUUAUCCAUCCUUUUUUAGUUUUUCUUAUCAGUCUUCCCAAGUAUGACAGAAGGAAGUAGCAUGUCAGGGGGUGAUGCAGCGGUCCAGGAUGAGGUCGCCGUCAGCGCAGCCCCGGUGGAGGAGAAGCCACCGGAGAAGAAGGAGAGCGGGGACGGUCACGCGUCCGCACCGGAGGAAGUGCAGUUCGUGCACCCUGAAGGCGGCUGGGGCUGGGUGGUCAUGCUGUCGGCGAUGUGGUGCAACGGCUCGGUGUUCGGCAUCCAGAACGCCUACGGGAUUCUCUUCAUCCACCUCCUGAGGGAGUUCGGCUCUGAGGAGGACAAGGACCUGCGCUUCAAGACAGCAUGGGUGGGCUCCCUCUCCAUGGGGAUGAUCUUCUUCUGCUCUCCCAUCGUCAGCGUGGUCACAGACAUCCUGGGCUGCAGAGUGACGGCGGUGGGCGGCGCGGCCGUCGGCCUGAUCGGACUGCUGGCCAGCUCUUUUGUCACUUCCCUGGGCCCCAUGUACUUUACCUACGGUAUCGUCUUCGCCUGCGGCUGCUCCUUCGCCUACCAGCCGAGCCUGGUCAUCCUGGGCCACUACUUCAACAAGCGGCUGGGUCUGGUCAACGGCAUCGUGACGGCCGGCAGCAGCAUCUUCACCAUCACGCUUCCCUUCGUGCUGUCCAUCCUGCUGGAGAACGUGGGCCGCCAGAACACCAUGCGCGUGCUCUGCGUCCUCAUGUUCGUGCUGAUGCUGGCCGGCUUCACCUACAGACCCCUGCUGCCGGCCAAACCCAAGAGCCCCACCGGAAGAGUCUGCCCGCCCCUGAACAAGGUCUUCAACGUCAACAUCUGGAAGUCUUUGGGAUACCGCAUAUGGGCUUUUGGGAUCCCUGCUGCACUUUAUGGCUACUUCGUGCCUUAUGUUCACCUGAUGACUUACGUGGAGGAGCGUUUUGGACAGGAUGUCAACAAAGAAGUGCUGCUCAUGUGCAUCGGCAUCACGUCCUUCGUGGGCCGCCUCAUUUUCGGUGUGGUGGCGGACUACGUGAAGGGAGUCAACAAAGUUUACCUGCAGGUCACGUCCUUCCUGGUCAUCGGCUUGAUGUCACAGAUGAUUCCUCUCUGCAACAUCUUUGGGGGCCUGAUCGCCGUCUGCCUGCUGAUGGGAAUCUUCGACGGCUGCUUCAUCUGCCUCAUGGCUCCCAUCGCCUUUGAGCUGGUCGGAGCCAAUGACGUUUCACAGGCCAUCGGCUUCCUGCUGGGCUUGAUGUCCGUCCCCAUGGUGGUGGGACCCCCCAUCGCAGGCUUCCUCCGGGACCGGCUGGGCAGCUACGACGUUGCCUUCUACCUGGCAGGUAUCCCCCCUAUGGUGGGCGGAGCCCUGCUGUGUCUCAUUCCGUGGGUUGAAGCGAGACGCAAGAGAAGAGAGAAGGCCGCAGCUCUGAAGGGAGAACCCGACGCCGCCCAGAGCAUGUUGGAGAGCCAGAAUCCUCAGGUGGAUCUAAAGAACUCCAAAAACGGAGAGUCGGUCCUUUAGUGUCCCCCGCUUGGACCGUGUGAAACAGAGACCUGGUCAGACUGAACGAGCAGGACGUCAUCGUGACCACAAAAAAAAAAACUUGAAUGUGAUCCUGUAGAACUUAAAUCAGACCCAAUCUCACAGCACAACACUUGAAAUUUCAUCCAUUUGUAAAGGCGUCUAUGCAGUUUUUAAAGAGGACGCUUGAAGGGAAACUUUGGACAAAGGGAUCUGCAGGACUUGAAUCAUCGCACUGACCUGGCCUCCGUACCAGCAGCUCUGUCCCCUUGGAUGGAAUCAGGAAUCAUCGGGAGCCGGAGUCCAGCUGACAGAAGCACAUCAGCGUUAGGGUCGCCCACUGCUGCCUCUUCUGAAAUGUUCUGUGUUUUAUUGACCUGUCGUCCCACACAGCCGUGCCUUUUAUCUCACUUCCAGUGGACGCUCCCUUCACUCAGGGAUGUCGGAUCCAUGGCUGAACCUAGGGUGUCAGAGGAGGAGUCUGUGUUUUAGAGCCUGAAAUCGUUUCACAUCACUGACUAGAAAUCUGUUAUAACUGAAGGUACCUUCACACCAAACGCGACUUGGCGACUUGUGCUACCUGGAAGUGACUCCCUCCCCCCCUUGUCUAGUCCCUUUAAGAAAGUCGGUCCGUCUGGUGAGGGGGGCGGGUCUGAAGUCAACAUGGAGGAUUGGUGAGGCAGAAUUGUUGGCCUUUAUCUACUGUAGAAGUCUAUGAAAAGCUUCUCUGAGCUGAAGCUCUGACCUUGGAACAAUAAUGUAACUAUAAUGUGGCGCAACACCCGUAAUCGCAUCGCGUUUGGUGUGAACGUUUCCCCCCCAUCUCCAAAGAGGGGUCCCUCCCUCAACGUCUCAUCUCACACAAGCUUAACCCAAGUCCUUCUUGCUCACACUCUGUCAAUCCAACACAACAGUGCCCUCCAAGGUGCGGCACGGAGACACACCUCCAUCCAAAGUGGCUAACCACCUCCUCAGCGAUUGUCGUUGCCCAGUGGCUGAACUGAUUUCACACCGAUGAAUUCAUUUAGAUCAUGUGAUCACAAACAUAUGGGUUGACAACAACUUCAGCCUGAAAUAAUCCCGGUCUCUGGAAUAUUCUCCAAUGGACCAGAGGUGAAUGUACAAUAGUGUUUUCUAGUAUUUUAUUUUGUUCGUCCUUUUGCUGAUUUACCAAAGUCAAAGCCAUUGAUGCCCAAAGUGCUGCUUCAAUUCAUGCUUUACUUUCAAGUGUAGCUCAAGUUUGGUCCCUGAAAUAAGUGCCAUGGUGUUUUAUUUGAACUCUCGCUCACCAUCUCAACAAACUAGCCAUCGCCUACUUUCCUCUUAGCAAUGGUUUUGAACAGAACCAAGUUUUUUUCUGCGUUCAUUGUUUAACACUAAACACUUGAAUCACAACACAACACAAGAGACUUCGACAUCAUGUUUGAACCAGCUAGGAUAUCCAUUCCUCCUGCGACAUGUUAAGGCUAAACUAUCUUUUCCACUAAUGUUUCCGAACGCCUUUUAGACAAAGUUGGUUAGCUUCUUUAGCUAUUUCAACACAUUUUGUUGCGUUUUUUGGACCAACAACUCACAACAGAGAUUUUGCAACCGUUUCCUUUGCCUCAUUUAUGUCUGAUGAAUGUUUACAGAAUAUAUCUUGCUUUGUGAAUCAAUUUGAACAUUAAAUUAGUGUUGUUUACCAGAAACCAUCUUCAUCUAGAAUUCAAUAAGUUUAGUUGUUGUUGUUUCAGUUUUGUCUCCAGGUGUUUUACUUUUAUAUCUUCACCUGUAUAGGAAAAACACAUUUUCUUAAUUUACCUGCUUCCAGUGUUUAUUUCAGUGUCAUAAACAUAUUUAUCUUUUGUCUUCUGACUCUUUAUAUGCCAUAAUGAAAUGUCUGUGCUGUCUGAGGAAUAUAAAUCACUACAGCCUUACGUGGUCCUUAGUGUGUGAAGAACAUAACCAGCAGCUGUUGAGAUGAGUGUUUCAGAAGAAUGUUUAAAAGAUGUCUUGGAUUUCACGUUUGAUUUUGUAACUUUUUGGUUUUUGAAAUGUCCCGAUCCAGUGUCCUUUUAUAUCGCAGUUGGCAAUUGUUGAUUAAGAGUUCAAAGCGAGGCCUGACUGCUGCGUGUUGUUAUGUUGCCGUAAAAUAAUAAAGGUGAUUG